AACCGUUUUAACUACCAGUCUUCUUCUACUUACGAGAAAGUAUGGACGAUAACUUCUUUUUUUGUUUUAAUCUUUUCAUGACCAUCCAUGGAACCAUUACACAAAACUUAUCUACUCAAAUCGCCCGAGUUGCCUCCUUUGAUUCAGUCCCCACGCGUUCAUUAUUCCACAAUGCUCAAAGACAAACUGAAACUCCCCGAUAAAGCGCGGCGAGUGUUUCCCGAUCGGCUCGGGAGCUUAGUUUCAGGAUUCAACGAUAAAGAAGAAGAAAACGAAGAUUCAGCUUCGGAAACCGAGGUGGGUAAAGAGCUCGAGAUUUUACUGCCAAACGCCUCCGGGUCCGGCGAGGCAAGUGAGGAUGAUUAUGUGGAGAAGAUAGAAGAACAACGUCUGUCAGGGAUCCGGCAGAGACCUGAAAAGGAAGGGACGGGUCUGGUGUCGGUUAAGGAAGUUAUUGCGGCGGAUGACAAAAGGUCUGACCUUGAGUAUGAGUUAUCUCAAAUGGAGAUAAAUUUGGAGAAGUUGCAGAGAAUUGCUGACACAGGACUUCCUGAAGGAGGAGGUUUGCGUGCAACAGUUUGGAAGCUGCUCUUGGGUUACUUACCUCCUUCUCGUGACUUAUGGGAAAAGGAGCUGAGUGAGAAUCGACAAAAAUAUUCCAAGCUAAAACAGGAACUUCUGUUGAGUCCUUCACAAUUUACAAGGAUUAAAGAUGAAUCACUAAAGUCCAAUGAACAGAGUGCUGACAAUGAUGGUGAUGGACUACUUAGGCGACAUGAAAUUUCUCAAGAGGAUCAUCCUCUGAGUCUUGGUAAGGCUAGUGUUUGGAAUCAAUACUUUGAGCAUACAGAGAUAUCAGAACAGAUUGACCGUGAUUUACAGCGUACACAUCCUGAUAUGAAAUUCUUCUCAGGGGAAACAUCAUUCAGUAGGAAAACUAGGGAAGCAAUGAGGAAUAUUCUUCUCCUAUUUUCAAAACUAAAUCCUGCUAUUCGCUAUGUUCAAGGCAUGAAUGAAGUCUUGGCACCAUUAUACUAUGUUUUCAGUACUGACCCUGACGAACAGAAUGCUGUAAAUGCAGAAGCAGAUAGUUUCUGUUGUUUUGUUCGACUCUUGAGUGACUCAGUGGAUCACUUUUGUCAACAAUUGGAUAACAGUGCUGUUGGUAUCCUUUCAACUCUUUCCCGGUUGUCAGAGUUACUAAAAGCUAAUAAUGAGGAAUUGUGGCACCAUCUUGAAGUCACAAACAAGGUUAAGCCGCAAUUCUAUGCUUUCAGGUGGAUCACAUUGCUACUUACUCAAGAAUUCAAUUUCCAGUCCAUCUUAAGAAUUUGGGAUUCUUUUUUGAGUAAUCCUUUUGGUGUCCAGGAUAUGCUGCUACGGGUCUGCUGUGCAAUGCUGUUGUGCAUACGAAGCAGACUUUUAAGUGGUGAUUUUGCAGCUAACUUAAAGCUUUUACAACACUAUCCUGAAAUCAACAUAGAAUACCUUCUUCAGGUAGCCAGGGAUCUGAGUCCUGAUACGUCUUCCUAUCGCUUGUCUCUGUAAAAUUCUUCCAUUAAAUGCGCCUUGUGUAUACCAACUCCUCUCUUAAUUUUAACAUGGUUUGUAAUCA